UUUGUUGCUGGAUUAUUUCCGCUCUAUAUAAUGCGCUUGAUUUUCAUCUUUGUUGAGAUAUUUAUUAUUUGUGUGCAAUUUGAAUUCCUUGGUGUUCUGUUAAUCGGUGAAAAUUGCUUGGUUCUGAGAGAAAACGAGAUGAGUGCAAAUCAGUCACAGUAUCCGACCGCAAAUCGCGUUUUUCAGGUCUCUAAUGUGUUGCAGUAUCGGAGAACGGCAGUUACGGAGACACAUCCAUGGCCGACAAUCACAGGCACAGAAACGGUUUCCCCUGUUUUCGUGCAAGCUCCAGCAGAGAGGGGACUGAACAGAUUUGCGGUGGAUUUCCUGAUGGGUGGAGUGUCGGCGACAGUGACUAAAACGGCUGCUGCUCCUCUGGAGCGUGUGAAACUUCUGAUCCAAAAUCAGGAUGAAAUGAUAAAAAAUGGGAGGCUAUCUGAACCCUACAAAGGAAUUGGGGAUUGCUUCAAGAGGACUGUAAGAGAUGAAGGAUUUGCUUCUUUGUGGAGAGGAAACACCACUAAUGUCAUCCGCUACUUCCCCACUCAGGCCAUAAAUUUUGCAUGCAAGGAUUACUUCAAAGGGCUGUUCAACUUCAAGAAAGAUAAGGAUGGGUACUGGAAAUGGCUUGCAGGCAAUGUAGCCUCUGGCAGUGCAGCCGGCGCCACAUCCUCCUUGUUUGUUUAUUCAUUGGACUAUGCUCGUACUCGGCUGUCUAGUGAUGCAAAAUCCGUGCAGUCGGGAGGGCAGAGGCAGUUCAAUGGUCUGGUUGAUGUUUAUAGGAAGACACUAGCAUCGGAUGGCGUUGCUGGAUUAUACAGAGGAUUCUAUAUAUCGUGUUUUGGAAGCAUCGUGUACCGAGGCCUCUACUUCGGGAUGUAUGACUCUUUGAAGCCCGUUGUUCUCACAGGGAAGUUGCAGGAUAAUUUUAUGGCUAGCUUUGGGCUGGGUUGGGUGGUGACGACAGGGGCGAGCCUGGCGUCGUACCCAAUCGACACGGUGAGGAGAAGAAUGAUGAUGACGUCAGGGGAGGCUGUGAAAUACAAGGGAUCGAUGGAUGCAUUGUCGCAGAUAGUGAAGAAGGAAGGCAUGCGAUCGCUGUUCAAAGGGGGCGGAGCCAACAUACUUAGAGGCAUUGCAGGUGCGGGUGUGCUUGCCGGCUAUGAUAAGCUGCAGGUACUCGUGUUUGGAAAUAAGUAUGCUUCUGGUGCUGCCUAACCUGAAUAUCAAUGCAAUGGAUGGUGCGUCCUUCGUUUAUUUAUUUAUUUAUUUUUUGAUAACGUGGGAAUUGCAAACUAAAUCUGAUAAGCAAGUCACACAUGGUAGGUGAACCUGAAGAUGUUAGGAUUUGAAUCCGUUAUUUCACGGUUACAAGUUUAUUUUUCACACCACUAGGUCAUUCCUUACCGACAUAGUAUAUCCUUUAUUGAUUGAUUAUGUUUAUAUAUUUAUUUGUUGGGAGUGUCGUU